AAAUUGUAGUUUUGUUGUUUAAAUAAAUGAAACUCUGACACAUAAACAAUUUAAUUUGUUUAAUUAUGAAUUAACUUUAUCACCGAACAGUUUAAACUUUUAAAUUAUGGACAAUUUAACGUGGACUAGUAUAAGUUUAACAUGUGUUGAAUAUCCUCAAGGUGAUGGAAUCGGAUAUUUUUUAGCUUAUGCCAGUUUAAUUCCACUGGCAGUUCUUGUUUCUUACGUUGCUCUUGUUUUAAACAAUCGGGACCUGCCAACGAUAUGUCUUUUCACUGGACAACUGAUCAAUGAAGGGAUCAAUAUUGUUGCAAAACGGACCCUUAAACACCCAAGACCAGAAAAUCCUCACCAUCUUGUCGGAAGUGCCAACAAAUAUGGAAUGCCUUCCCAACAUUGUCAAUCGAUGGCCUUUUUCACAGCCUAUUGUUUUCUGUAUCUAAUGCAUCAAGCGAAUCACAAAACGCUGUUUACUAGACUAACAUUGACGAUAAUAUUAAUUUCCAAUUUCUUGAUUAUUCUUUACUCAAGAGUUUAUCUUCUUUAUCAUUACACAUCACAAUGUGUCGUUGGUGCAAUAAUUGGAUCUUUAUUUGCUUAUUUAUGGUUCCGAUUAACUUAUGAUUUCCUUGCUCAUUUCUUUGACAAAAUUGUUACUUGGAAAAUUUCACGUUUUCUUGGUCUAACAACUUGGAACAUGAAUUUAACCCCUAGAACGACAAAAUCAAGUAAAAAGAAGACAAAAUGAAUUCGAUAGAAUUAUUUUUAAUUGUUCUUUACGUUGAUAAAAAAGUUCCUCAUUCACAUAAUUAACUGAAUAUGGAAAUACUUUGUUAUUGGUCAAUGAAAGAGAAAAAAACAUUUCAACUUAA